CAGGUGACUAAAAUCUGGACUCAAAGUUAUAUUUUAGAAGAAGUAAAGUAAAGCGAACGACUAAAUUCGGGCGCUAUCUGAACAUGUUUAUAAAAGUUUUUUGCUCAAUUACAAAAAAGUGAACUUGUCGCAUGCGGUAUUUGUGGACUGUGAAAAUAACAUACUUAACUGUACCUUUUAUAAAGAUUAUUACACGGUAAAAGUCUGACCAAGUAAAUCCUAUAUUAAAUUUCAUGUCUGUCGCUCUGUCAGAUUUAAUUAUUGUUCUGAAUUCUGUCAUUUUAACUGACGUGAGCACUGAGCAUCGUGAAUUUAUUUUUUACCAAAAUAUUUUUCCAAAGAGCGUUACAAUUCUACGUAUUUUCCCUUCUGUUCUUCAAACAUUGGCAAAAUUGCCUAAACGAUACGACUAACCUUUCCUCAUCUAUUAUAAUAAAUACUCAUUGCGUCAAACACAACAAAUUGGAAUUGCAAUACAUUUUGCUCCUAGUGAUGGAUUCCGAUAAAACUGAAAAUACUAAAACUGAGAAGAAAACCGAAGAGAAAGUAAAUGUAAUGAUAUCAAGAGGUUAUUUCCAAGGACAUCAAUGUAAUCUGAGUAAUGAAAAACUAACGCCUUUUAAAUUCAAAUGCAACAAACUCCGGAAGUUAUAUUUGGAUGUGACCACCGUUGAUGCUGACGAUAUUAGAGCUCAAAAAAUGUACAGAUCGUACGCAGCGUUAUGUGCGGAGAAAUAUCGUCAAUAUAUGUUUUUCCCGUUUUCCGUGCAUCCGUAUAGCAAACUACGGUUUUGGUUAGAAGCUGUGUUUGUUUUUUUUAUGUUGUCGUCCAACGCUCUCGUGGCAGUUCAUUAUAGCGAGACGGUGCCCGAUGACGAGGAUUUACACGAUUGUAUGAUGAUGAUCCUGGACAUCAUGUAUAUCUUGAAUGUGCUCUUUAACUUCUUCACCGGGUAUGUGGAAGGAGUCUCGUGCAAGCAUACGGUGUUGGACCUAAAAAAGAUUGCUCGGAAGUACACUAGCACUUGGUUCUUAGUGGAUCUGAUGUCAUCAGUCUGUUUCUUGCCAUCACUGCUGGAUAUGAAGAAUGUGACGCCGCAUUUGAUCCUUGUUUCUAUGAAGGUUUUACGGAUGCCGAUACUGAUUAUGUAUUUGAAUAAUGUUUUGACCGUUAUGAAGAUAGAGAUAUUCAAAAAAUCAGUAAUUGAAAUAUUCGCCUUUAUAAUUUCAUACUUGUCAUGGAAUAUUUACUACCAAUUCGCGACGGAGUACAUAAUCGAAGGCACAUUUGCACCAAUAAGUCCUAGGGCUUGUUCAUGGAUAUCUAUAGGAAAAUUGUGGAACGCCACAUCAACUACACGAUUUAUUUUUGCUUUUGACAGAGCAGUUGGUUUGUUAAGAAAGAAUUCAAAUCUUAACCUUUUAAAGCAAGAUGGAUGUUUUGAAGAUUUUUUUGUCGUGUCUUGGCUCAUCGCUAAGCUUCUAGUAUUCCACUGCGCCUUAAAAUAUGUGGUAUCGCUUUUUGGAUUCGAAUCAGCGCGAUCCAGAUACUAUAUCAUGACGAAACAAAUUGAGAACUACAUGAAUCAAAGGAAAUUCCCGCCGAGAAUUAAAAGCAAGAUACUAAAAUUCUACGCCAUACGAUUCCAGUCUAAUUUUUUUGUGGAGUCCCGUUUGUUAGCCUGCGUGUCUGGCCAACUGCGCCAGGACAUUAUAAUGCACGCCGGGAGGCAGUUGGUAAGCGAGCUGGAGUUUCUGAAGCAACUGCCCAGGGCUCUGCUUCUGCAGAUCGGGCUCAAGCUACGCAUCGUUAUUUUCAUCACUGGCGAUAUUAUAUUUAAAAUAAAUACUGUUGGUGAUUGUCUCUACUUCAUCGACAGAGGAACUGUUGCAAUAUACUCAGAGUCCGGCAAAGAAAUAUGUCAUCUAGAAGAUGGGGAUUUCUUCGGCGAGAUUGCUUUAGUCAUGAAGCAUCAUUUCCGAACGGCUUCAGCAGUCGCAGUCACUAAUUGUGAACUCUUUAGACUCGAUCGAGAAGACUUUGAUAGUUCCAUCGCGUGCUACCCAACUGUGUAUGAAGAUAUAAAGAAAGUAGCGACAAAUAGGUACGAAAGAACUUGUGUGCUGGAUGAGCAUCAUAAGACUGAGAUCAAAAUAGGCCAGGAACGAAAGAUGAGAGAAUGAGUUCUUUCUGAAUAUUAUGUAACGAAGGGUAAUUGUUUGAUUAUGAAAAUAUUGGUACUAAGCAUAGACUUAUAGCUUGUUUUUUUAUACCCAUAUCGUUUGCUAUAUCAAUUAACGAUAAAAUAUUGACACUAAAAAAACCUGUGUCAAUUUAAACAUUUUUUUUGCCAAACGUGUAAGCCUUUGGAUUUCUACUUUUAUACACACACGCAUCACGCAUUUAUCCCCGAAGGGGUAUGCAAAGGCGCAGCCAUGACACCCACUUUUCGCCUAUAAUGUUAGUCCCAUGAUGUGAUAAGGGCGACCUAUCGGGCGAUAUACUAAUAUUCAACUUCUAAAAAUUAUAUUUUUUAAUUUUGCUCAACAGUGUAUAAAUAAAGGAAUACUCCACAUACAAUAAUACACAUUGAUAUUAGUAUAUUCUCACUCCUACAAAUAGAUUCUCAGGUCUGAAAAAUCAUGCGUUGUAAGAUGAAUUUUUGCUACGCACAUAUCGAUAAUAAUAGUUCCACUAUAUACACGACGUGAAUAGCCGUCAACGUCCAAGGCCACUAUUCUUUCGCGAACAGUACGAGUUUAUAUUUGUUUUUCAUAACGAAUUUUCGGUUUAGUUAUUAUAAGUACCUCU